GCUGAUGCAACCGACGUCAGACUGCCAAAGGAAAUGUAGAGCCUGUGGUACAGUGUAAAGUAGCUUAGUGAGAUGACAGCAGACAACGUAGCUCUUCAUUGGCUUCCAGUCAUCUGAAAUUGGUCGUUUUAUUGAUUAGUUAACGUAUAAGAAGGACGCGAGUUGAACGCUAACGGUAAACAGCUUUUUAACUCGUGCAGAUAAUGUUAGCUAGUGAACGGCUAACUGAGUCACUCGUGAUGUUCUGGAGCUCUUUAUAAUGACGAAUGAGAAGCCGAGAUGGAAGACUGUAAUUGGGAGGACAUUAUAGAAACACCUGAGCUGCCUCUGGAGAUCAUAGUUUACAUCCUGAGCUUUCUUCACGCUUCAGACAGGAAGGAAGCCUCGCUGGUCUGCCGCAGCUGGUACUAUGCCAGUCAGGACUCUCAGAGGAAGAUCACCUUCUGCUUCCCGGCUUCGGCCUCGUCCCUGGAGCUGAUCAGGGGUCUGGGCAGAAAGUCCCGCUGUGGUCUGAUUAUCAGCCAGCUCGAUGGCUUCAGUAUGUCCAGAUCACUGCUUCUGGAGGUGGGUCUGUGCUUGGGCUCUAAGUUGGAGAGCUUGGCCCUGCCUGGUAGCAGUGUCACAGAGGCCUCUCUGCUGGCCCUCCUCCCUCGCCUCACCUCCCUCCGCAGCCUGAACCUCCGGGGCCUGAACAGCCUCUUCAUGUCUGGGGCUUUCCUCUCCAGGGAGGAACACAGACAGCAGGUCAGGUCAGCUCUGUCUGGUCUGGAGGAGCUGGACCUGUCCGACAUACGCUACCUCUCCGACCUCACCUUCAACCGGCUCACCGGCUGCACCCCGCGCCUCCGCCGCCUCUCGCUGGCUGGCUGCCAUAUCGCCUUCGAGUUCGACCCGUAUGGAGGGUGCCCGGUGGGAGCUGUUAGCGAUUCCUCAGCAUUGCUGUCACUGAGGAACUUGCGGAGGUUUUUAACAGAGCAGAAAUCCACCCUUGUAUCUCUGGACCUCAGCAGAACCUCUAUUACCCCUGAGUCACUACGCACGGUUGCACAGGUUCAGGAUUUGGUCUUAGAGGAACUGUGUCUGCACGGCUGUAAGGAGCUGACCGACUACUCCAUGGAGAUUCUGGUGAAGCACCAGCCGAGCCUCCAGAGACUGGGCAUCAGUGCCUGCACCGAGCUGACCAGCAGGUCUGUAGAGGCCAUAGCACAGGGCCUCAAGUCCCUGACACACCUCUCCUUGUCCCGUGAUUGGAGGAUCACCGAAAAAGGCCUGGCAGACCUUCUGUCCGUGUCGUCCCUGAGGAGUCUGGAUCUGUCCGAGUGUCUGCACGUCAGCGGGACAGAGAUAGUGAACGGCUUGACGGAAUCCAGUGCUGCCAGAGCACAGCUGGAGACACUCAACCUCAAGAGCUGCACCUACAUUAGGGAUCUUGCCGUUUUCUCUCUCACCCAGCUUCUUGGGGAUACUCUGCGUGAGCUAGACUUGACAUCGUGUGUAAAUGUGACCGACCUGUCCGUGCGCGCUAUAGCAACAUACUUGCAGAGGCUGGUGGUUCUGCGGCUCGGCUGGUGCAAAGAAGUCACAGACUGGGGUCUGCUGGGGAUGGUGGAAACAGCCAGAUGUGAGCCUGACCAGGAGACGGGAGACAAGGGUCCCAGGUUCACCCGGACCUUCGGCAACAUGGGCUUCUUCAAGCCUCCUCGUUUGCCGUUCGAGGAUCGACCCAAGCUGGUGACCCAGAAUGACCUGCAGCAGUUCAGACAGCAGGCUGGAGCUUCACUCUUAGCCCUCAGCCGGCUGCAGGAGCUGGACCUCUCGGCCUGCCCCAAACUCACCGACAGCAGCAUCACACAGGUGGUGCAUUACCCAGACCUCCGUCGCCUGUCUCUCUCCAUGCUGCCGGAGAUCACCGACGCCAGCUUGGCGUCAGUCGCCUGGCACUGCCGCAGCCUCACCAGCCUGGCACUCAGCCACUGCCCGGGGAUCAGUGACCGCGGAGUGGCACAGGCUGCACCGUACCUACGCAGGCUGCAGCAUCUCUACCUCUCCUGUUGUAAUAACAUCACUGACAGGUCCUUGUUACUGCUGGUGCAGCACUGUAACCGCCUGAAAACACUCGACAUCUCAAGGUGCAAAAACAUCUCCAUAACAGCUGUGGACCUGCUUCAAUCACAGCUGCCCUUCUUGGAAAAUGUCCACUACAAAUGCAUAGGUGGGUUUGAUCUGACCCUUACACUGAAUGACUGAAUGAAUGUCCUGGAUGACUGCUGACCACAGCCUGCUCCAUGGGUUGGGCCCUUGCACAUUUCAGCAAUUUGCACAAGAACUGAAGGAAAAUGUUGAAAAGUUGUCAUUUUAAAGUGGGAGCAUUAUCAUGUCGUCUAUACGUCACCCUGUGAGUGGUCUUUAGUUUGAGACAGGUACCACUUGUUUAAAACUAAUAUGAAAAAUAAGAUAAUUAACUGUUUAGUCCAAGUUUGGAUGUAAUGUUUAUGUUCACUUUAUAUGGUGCGUCAUCAGAAUCCCUGGAAACUGACACACGGCUGCAACAGUAAGAAGAAAAUAUUCUCACAGUAUCUCAUUAUAGUGAAUAGUUAUUUGGUCCACGUUUUGGAGGAGGGACAUGUCGCCCAAACGAGAGAUUUAGCUUGUUAUUUUUCAUUUAUGGUGGUUAUAUCUACUGUCUCUACAAGGUAAACAGUAUCUCAUCAUAGUUAUCAUAAAUACUCAACAUAGCUGAAGGUUGGGCACAGAAACUAAAUGAAAGAAGCUGUCACAUAAAUAAUUUUGUUAAGAUUGAAAUUAUAUUUUUAAUAUAUAUAAUGUAAUUAUAUAUUUCAUAUUUUUUAACUAAUUUGACUAAAAUUGUAAUAGCUGUGGACACAAUUCUUUUUCCUUAAGUGCACAUUUCUGUUGUUUUGAGAAAUAAAAGAAAGUAAGACUUGAUAUGGACGCGCAGGCUGUAUAGCUUUGGUAUCAGUGUUUUUGAUUUUCUUGAUUAAAAACCAGUAGAAAUAUUUUUUCUAACGACAGUUCUUUGUUGCUGAAGUAGAAGUAAAGAUGUAUAUUUAAGUGAAAUAGUGGUCCUCAAAUAGUUUCAACUUCAACUUUUAGAACCCAGAGAAAGGCCAAAUACUGAGGCGAAGGUGAAUGAUGGCAAGCGAUUCAUCUAGCGUGGUCUCUUUCAGAAGAUGGAGCUUGCCUUUUUUGGAAAUGACUUUCUUUAGAGCACGUCAGCAGUUUGCCUGCCUCUGUUAAACGUAACGGUUUGAAAAAUUUAAGGGUUCUUUGAAAACUGCCAGCGUUAUCAGAUGUGAUAAGCACGUGCUCAGAAUGAGUCUCAAAUUUUAAGGAAUUUAUUGAAAGUGAGUAAUAGCCCACAAAUAGCAGAGAAAUCAUGUCACAUUUUUUUCCAAUGAAAAUCUGUGGACGUGCUGUAAUUACUAGAUGCUACAAGCUUACCAAAAAACUACAAACUGAACUAACUUGAAUUCAUCUGUUGUCUUGGCCAACCUCAUUAGGAACAAUAUCCAUUUAUACUAUUAUGUGCAUUGUUAAUUCAUUUUGUAUGCUGCACUAUACCAGAGGGGAAACCCUGAUUGUAAACGUGAAAAAUCAAGAAUAAAAUAUGCUGUUUUAUAAAUACA